AUGUCUGCCGCCGCGUGAACUGACAUUCAGAAAACAGUUGAAAUUGAAUUUGGUGGUGUUAAUAACAGGAGUUUUUUAAGUUUUGUAAUAGUUUUAUUGGUAAUAUAGUUCGAAAUUCUAGAGGGUGAAUAUAAAUCGUCAAUAAAGUUCACAUCAAGAACAUUUUCAUAAAACUUUUCUGGAAACUCAUAUGGUAUGGAAAUGGAGGUUGACGGAGCUGAGAAUUUCAACAAUCCUUCUGAAGGUGGGAAGUUCUCUAACUUGAAAGCGUUUGUGACUGCUGCGCGGGAGUUCGAAGCUACUCACAGCGAGUCUGCUGUGAAUUUAAUGACACGAUACCUUGGUUUAAUAGCAUCAUCAUGUGACUUAUCAAUAUUUUCUCCGGGACGGUCAGAAGUGUGUGCAUUCUUCAGUUCACUAUGGCGUAUAAUGUGUGACGGUCGAGGCCCCCACUGGGCUGGGGUCGCCGUGCUAGCGAGGGCAGCUAUAGAGCCUAGUGCUAGACAUGCUCUUACUCAUACUUAUAAAUUCAUGCCAAUUCUGGCUAGAUUAUUAUCCGACUCAAUAUCAAAUGACAAGAAAAUUAAACUGCUUUCUGUUAUGCAAGAAAUAUCCUAUGGUAUCAAAAUAAGUUGGCAAGAAUCCUACCUCUCGAGCCUCAUGAAGCAACUAACAGAAUGGAUCACCCAGCCAAUGACGGAGCCACAACAUCGUACCAUUGGCCACAAAUCUUUAACCGUGCUUGUUAAUGUGUGUUAUGGGAACCUGCCAGCUAUAUAUGCGUUAAUGAGGACUGUUGAUACUAAGGAUUUUGUUGUGCAUCUUAUUAGUUUGAAGGAUGGUGGUUACGGUGGUGUAGAAGUAUGUCGACUGCUGCUGUGUCUAUCAGGAGCCACGCGAGGUGCGGCGGCCACUCGCCAGCCCGACGUGCACAGCUACCUCUGCUGUACCAUGCGGACUUUUAAUAAGGCUGUUAGUGAAGGAGACGCGACACAACUGCUGCACGCGUACACAUUUGUCAACGACCUGUGUUCGGACAGCAAUCUGCGCAGCUACGUGCUCACAUACCCACAUUUUGUUACCGCGCUCACUGAGGCUCUCAAGGACGUAAAAGAGCUAUGCAAGGCUGCCCCGGAAGACAUGGGCGAGCCAGAGAACGCGACCGCCUGUCUGCGCAACGUGCUCAAGUUUCUUACUGUACUCAUUAGCUUGGAUUUAUAUGCCUUGCGAUGUCACCACUCUGCGCUAAUCUUCUUGUGUAUGAAGGCGAGUCGUAUUUGUUUACCUGAAGCACUGGAACUCUUUGCUGCCAUCGUCUCACAGUAUAAAGAUGAAGGUCGUCUACCACAAGAGCUGAUCACCGUAAUCAGCGACGGGUUACCCGGCUUGCUGGUACCUCCUGCCUUAGAACCCGGCAAGGCUGGACUUCAGUGGUUGCAAGUGGUGGGCGCGUUGUGCGAGUCCGCGGAGACGCAGGAGCGCGUCAUGCAGGAGGUCACGCCCGACGCCUUCGAGGACACGCUGUAUAGUGUGCUGCAAUACACCUCACAGAACGGCGUGGUAGGCGCGGAGGCGUCGCAGGCGGCGGUGGUGGUGGGCUGCCGCGUGGCGCUGACGCUGGCGCCGCUCGACUGGCACUGGGAGGCGGCGCUGGCCAGGAUGCUGGCACAUCAUCAGGUUCGAAAGCUGUUAUGCGUGGGUCUAACAAGCAGUAACGGUCCUCGCAGACGACAGAUAUUACAACUCGUCAAACAUCACUACUUCCCUUCUGAUCAGAUGAGUCAGGUGUUCGGCGAGUCAGUACAAGGCACAGUGGACAGCACCGCCGAGUUGUCCAGCAACAGCACUGGUGGUGCCUGCGCGGAGUCGGCGUGGUGCGCGGCGCGGCUGGCGCCCGCACAGGAGCACGCCGUCGAUGCGCUGGUGGCCGAGCUCAGGGACAAGCUGUCGCAUGGGAAGAUAUCGGACAUCGCGACAUCAAGCGUGAUGGAGUUAUACGGAUACAAGAUGACAUGUUUGGAGCAGAGGCUGCACUCACAUUCUGUAGCAUUACAGGGAGCGAGCGAGCACAUGGCAUCGUUACAGCACGCGCUAGCAAUGUUACAGGCGACGAACUCCUCACAACAAGAUGUGUUGUACACCACACAGAUGCAGAAUGAAAGACACAAGAAAACGAUAGAAGACCUUCACAAACAGUUGGAAGACGCAGAGACGACACUGCGCGGCUUCCGAGCGAAGUUAGCCGCUGAGAAACUCGACAAGGAGAACCAGAAGGAAAAUCUACAUAAGGAAUUCCGCGCGCAAAUGGCUAGCUUAGAGAGUGAAAUGAAAGUCCGCGAGAGAGAGUUCGAGGAGCGCCAGAAAGCGAUCGAAGCUGAAACUAGGGCGAUACAGAAGAAAUUAGACCAACAGACAAGUAAAAACAGCGAGUUAGCAGGCGUUUUAAUAAAGUUCGAGGAGCGCGUGAAGCAACGCGACAAGAAGUUGGAGGACGCCGCCGCCAGCGACGCCACGCUGCGCCGGGAGCUCGAACAGAGAGACACGACAAUAAAACAGUUAGAGAAGACAGUCCUGGAGCGUGAGAAUCGUCUGUACCAGCUGACCACGCAGCUCGAGGAGAUGAAGCGCGUGCAGGAGAUGGUCGCCAAGCUCAUGAGCAAGAGUGCCUCCACCAGCAUGGCCAGCUAGCACUACCAAUCAGUAAUCAACGGGACCACGGAUCUCAAUGGACACAACUAGACAAUAUAUUUUAUACUGUAAUAUUCCCAUCAUGAUAGAUUUUAAUAUUAUUUUACAAGUAUUUUUCAUAUUGAUUAUAUGAAUGGGCUGGACAUGGAAUGCGAACAAAUUGAUAAUGUUUAUUGUAUAGUUUAUUUUAGUGUCGGACUAAUAAAAUUAUUGAUAUUCAA